UAUAACGCAGGACUAAGAGCCACCCAGUUGUGGCAUGGAAAAAUCGCCAGUGUUGUUCACCCAUGUUAUAUGCCGUACACGGCAGCCGUUCUGAAAAUCAGUAUUGACCGCAUUAAGUGUCAUCUGUAAUCCUAUACAUCUUUCUGUAUGGACCGCGCCCUCGGCUGACGCGCACCACUGCCCUGGCAAGAUUGAAGGUGUGGUCAGUGGUUGUCAGUGUGCAGGCCAUGUGGUUAGGGGAGUAACGGGCAAGGGUGGGCAAAGUUGACCUUACAGUGUGUAUCGGCACGAGUGGGCUUUAUUACGGAGAUAUCCCUUACUUGAUCAGAUAUAAAUCUACAGACUGGAUACCGACGCAACUAAAGAUUCGGUACCUGGAUGAUGUGUGUACAUGUCUAACCUCUAGGAAUCAGGAUCACUCCAGUUGCUGAUGAUCAGAGAUGUGAAUUGUUUAGAACUUGGGACUUCGUAACUACGAAUAGACAGCCAUGUUCAGUCAGAUAGUUUAUACCCUGUUUGGCGCCGUGGGGGCAGGUGCCCUCGUGGUAAAGUUUUGCUUUCCCUGGGUGCUCUAUGACAUAUCCUACCUGAGAACAAUGAACAAAGCCAUCAGCAAAAUCACCAAACGGGCUAAGAAAAAGGAGAUGUUAAUCGACAUAUUCGAAGAAGUAACGAAGGCGAACCGAAACAAGACGUUCUUCGUGUUUGAAGAGGAGACGUUUUCUUACGAGGAGGUGGAGGAGAAAUCUACCCGCGUGGCUAGAGGCGCCAUGGCUCUGGGGGUGAGGUGUGGGGACGUCGUAGCCAUGAUGAUUGCUAAUGAACCCCGCUUCAUCUGGACGUAUCUCGGAUUUCUAAAGUUAGGAGUGCGCAUGACGAUGAUCAACACGAGCCUCAAGGGGAAGCAACUCCUUUUUCAACUUCAGACGGGACAGCCUAAACUCCUGAUCGUAGGCGAAGAUUUCGUGGACGCUGUAAAGGCUGUGUCGUCUGAAAUAAAGGACACUGAUGUGUACACAUACGGAGACAACUGUCCGUCCACUCCCUUCCAGUCUUUUGAUGAUGUGUUGGCGUCAACGUCAGCGACGACUGUUGACCACAGUGUCCGUACCUCUGUGAAUGUUUCUGACGUCGCCUGCUAUAUAUUUACAUCAGGAACUACAGGACUUCCAAAAGCCGCCUUAUGUACUCAGUACAAACUGCUUGCCGCCUGUCAUAUUCUUUCUGCCAGCGGUAUGACGUCAGAGGACACUCUCUACCUCACAUUACCGCUAUAUCAUUCCUCAGCUUUAGCUCUUGGGCUCGGGGCUGUCAUUCAAUCAGGUGCUAAAAUGGUGCUGAAGAAGAGGUUCUCGGCGUCUGCCUUCUGGGAGGACUGCCGGACCCAUGAUGUCACUGUGAUUCUCUAUAUCGGCGAGCUGUGCCGGUACUUGGUAUCAGCACCAAGGAAAACCUCGGAUAGAUUGCAUAAGGUUCGCCUUGCCUUCGGAAACGGGCUUCGGAUGGAUAUUUGGAAGGAAUUUAAGGAAAGAUUCUGUAUUCCAACCAUUGCUGAGUUCUACGGUGCGACAGAAGGGUCGUCGUCUAUGCUGAACGUGGCUAACAAGAUUGGAGCUGUAGGGAGGCUCUCACCUGUGCUACAAAAAUUAAUACCUCAGCGGUUAGUGGAGUAUGUCACAGAAGAUGCCACACCACUCAGAGAUUCCUGUGGACGAUGCAUUCAAAUCAAACCGGGUGCAACAGGCCUGUUGCUGUCGCCAGUGUCUAAAAAGUUUCCUUACGAGGGGUACUUAGGACCCAAAGCUGUGUCUGACAGGAAACUUGUUCGAGAUGUCAUCGUGCCGGGAGACGUGUACUUUAACACUGGAGAUGUUUUUUACCUGGACAAUGACUAUUUCGUCUACUUUAGAGACCGCCUUGGAGACACGUUUAGGUGGAAAGGUGAAAAUGUGUCCACAACAGAAGUGGCCAACGUCUUGACGGAAACUAGACUUAUCAUGGAUGCUAACGUAUACGGCGUCAAGAUUCCAGGCCAAGAGGGCAGAGCGGGUAUGGCGGCAAUUUUAGCCAAUGAUGGACGACCUUUGACGGAAGGACAACGCCGCGCCAUCUAUCGGCUCAGCGAAGAUUUACUAGCGUCAUAUGCAAGGCCACGUUUUUUACGUGUGGUCAAACAUGGCCAGUUGACUGUUACGUUUAAGCAGAAGAAACAGGAACUGGUUAAGGAAGGCUUUGACAUUUAUGUCGUGAAGGACCCGCUGUACUUUUUGGAUCAGGAAAACAAGGAUUAUGUCCCCUUAACUGAAGACUUAUACUUGCGCGUGAUCAACGGUGGCGUGAGAGUGUGACCUCACUUCCUGUUUCAUCACUAUGGUAACACUUGUCAUUCCGAUCUCUUGUAGUGGGCAGCAUUUGUGCUAUCUUAUUCUUGAAAUUCGAGACUGAUAUUUACGAUCAUCUUGCCGUGAUUAUUUCAACUGAAGCUUUUUAGAUAAAUUUUUGUGUAAGCAAUAUUGUGUUAAUGUUUUAACUUGUGUAAUUGAGUUAUUCUUUUCUCAGUCUAUGUCUGUUGUUAAAUACGCGAAGCGUUGAAGAUUUUUAUUUUUGUUUCAAAUAUUCAUUCACGUCCAUUGAAAGCCAUUUUUUAUGCAUUUAUUCCACGAGGUUAAUGAAGAACAAAUAAUGGUGAAAUUGCAUCAUAGUUUUCUGUGAAUGACCAACUACAGGGAUAAGAAUAAUGAAUACUGUCCAUUUUUCUUUGAGAAAUUACAAGAAAGAGUUUUUGGUCGAGGUAAUGCGUGAGAAUGUCCAUGGCAUGAAAAUGCCGCGACACUCAAACACACUAUGUAACGAGGCAAACAUUGUAUCCACCUGUAUUUCUGUAGCACCUGUAUUUCUGUAGCACCUGUAUAGGUUAUACCUUUAUUUGAUGAACUCAGCUUUUCAUCGAAAAAUGAAAGUUGUAUUUGUUUUCCUUUAAAAGAAAAAAAAACAAACACCAGGAAAGUGACCACCACAGUUUGAAUUUGAAAAAAUAGUACAUUCUGAGAGAUAUGUCAAGAAAUAUUCUGUCAGGCACCAUCUAACAAAUAUUCAGGGAUGAAAAAUCGGGGAAUUUUUCUCAUGUGCUUCUCAAUAAUUUACAAGGAGUAAAUAGAAUAUCAAAUUGGUUAUUCAGGCUCGUUUUCAUGGAGGACUUUGAAUAAAUCAAAAUUGAUAUCACUAAACAUUUUAGACUAUUAUAUGAUGUCAUAAAAUUGGUUGUUCUUAGAUAUUACAAUUUUCCACGGCCUCAAACUUUCAUCAGACGAUUGAGAUGAGCUAUUAAAUUAAUAGCUCUCUACAAAUAACUGGUUAAGUGGUUAACAGCUCUCUACAAAAACUGGUUAACUGGUUAAUAGCUCUCUACAAAUAACUGGUUAAUUUCUUCGCUUAGAUCUUAGAUUACUCGAUGUUUAAAGAUGGUGUUUAAGCAUAAAACAUGUUAAAAUUCUAUAGUUAACUUUCUGUUCUCCCAAAAUAAACACUUCCACGAAAAAUAAUAGAAAUUAUCAACAUUCUCCGCUAGAUUGUCCUUCCUCACACGAAAUGCUUUAUGCAGUAAUAAAACUGGUCUACAUUUUUGCAAAACUUUUCAUUAACUGCAGUUUGAAUGCUUUCUGAAAUAAAAAUUUAUGCUGGUCAACAUUUUCCUCUAAAUGAUCCGUCCCCAUUUGCAUUUUCAAUUCCUUCAGAAAUCUUAAUACAACUUGUCAAUGUUUUCAUCCAGAUUUUCCCUCCUCACAUGCCUAUUUGAAUGCGUUCGGAAGUACAUGUAAUUAAAAAUAAUUGUCGACUCACAGUCCGAAUACAAUUGAAACUGACGAAUUCUACAGUUCAUUGCCAAGAGGAUAUAUAUCCUUAACUACGUUGUAAAACACGUUUCCUAGUCUGUUUUGAUUUGUUGUUUUAAAUGUUUGUGUGAAGUGACUAUAUAGUUACGUAAUAUAGACCAUAUAUUUGUAUCCACCACAUAUAUGUGGGAAAAGGUAGUGCACCUUUGGUUCACGUUGUAUCGCGUUGUAUCACCCAGCCCACACCCAUGUCUCAUCUUCCUCUUGCCAUGUCUUACUGCACGAUCGCAAAACAGAACUGUGUUUAUUUUCAGCUUUGAAUCUCAGUUGUAUAGAGAGAAAAUUGGUCUUCAUUUUACUCCAUUGUCAAAACAGUUUUACUGGGGCAGCGUAAUGACCCAGGAGCCUCUCACCGAUGCGGUCGCUGUGAGUU